GCUGUCAGUUGCGGUGUAAUUGUAAUUAAAUACAGAAUUGGUGUAGGUUUUUUUUACUAUUAUCGAAUAUCAUAAAAAAGUAAAGUUUUCUCUAAAAAAUUAAUAAAAAUAUAUAAAAUUUUCCACAACAUUUACAAAUUAAUGGAAUAUUUUAUAUAUUUGUGCUUUGCCAACAGUAGUCGUCGUCUAACUUCAACACUGUGAAUAGAGUCUUGUGUGCUGUGUGUUUAAGUUGUCCAUUGUUUUAUUGUUAAUAACAAAAGGAUUUAUCACUUUUAAACGCACUUAAAUAGGCGCAAUUUUGAAAACUUGAAGAAAAGUAUUAUAAUUUUUAUUUUCGUUUAUUUAUAAUUUAGUUAUGCUUUUUACGCGUAGACGGACUUUCAUAAAAAGAAUAUCGUUAGCCACCGUACAAAUAUGUUUAAUAGGAUUCUCAGUUGUCUUUAUAGUAUUACCCUUGAUAUUUCGUUAUUCCGUAACGAUACAAAGAGGCAUAUUAUUUUUAACAUUUAUCACAUAUCCUAGAGAUCUUGACUUGAGUAAUCCUUCUAGUGUGGGUCUUUAUGCUAGUCGAAGUUUUUUCCUAGAAGUACCCGACUCGGAUGUGGAAACUGAUAAGGAUGAUAGUGAUCAUGGUGAUGUAGCAAAUAAACAUAACACUGUGCGCAUUGGUGUUUGGCAUGUUUUGCCAAAGAAUGUGGUGAAACGUUUUGCCAAGGAAAUGCAAUUGGGUGAGGAUGCCCGUGAAGAUCUGCAAAAUAUAACAGACUUUAAAGAUGAAAACCUAGACCAAUUGGAGCCGGUAAUAAAAUCCAGCUUCCCCAUAGUAAAUACCGAAAAUGAACAACUAUUCUAUGAACGCUUGCUUAAAAUACCCGACAACAAUAUUGUGUUGUAUUGUCAUGGCAAUACCGCCUCAAGGGGCUCUGGUCAUCGCAUAGAUGUCUAUAAAUUAUUGCGCAAUCUUGGCUAUCAUGUCAUAUCUUUCGAUUAUAGAGGCUAUGGUGAUUCGGAUGUUGUUUCACCCACAGAGGAGGGUGUUGUACAAGAUGCUUUGGCUGUUUAUUAUUACAUACGUAAUAUAACCACAAAUCCCAUAUUUAUAUGGGGUCAUUCAUUGGGCACUGGUGUGGCCACAAAUAUGCUAUCGAAAUUGAAUAAUCUGGAUGAGAAGGGUGUGAGAGGUGUCAUAUUGGAGGCACCCUUUACGAAUAUAAGAGAUGAAAUUAAAAUGCAUCCCUUUGCCAGGCCUUUUAAGCAUUUACCCUGGUUUGAUCACACCAUUUCGCGACCCAUGUAUGCCAAUUCAUUGCGCUUUGAAUCCGAUCAGCAUAUAAGCGAAUUUCGACAACCGAUUUUAAUAGUACAUGCUGAAGAUGACUAUGUGGUGCCCUUCCAGUUGGGCUAUAGACUAUAUCGCAUAGCUUUAGAUACUCGCGGCAAAGCCUGGGGUCCUGUGGAAUUUCAUCGCUUUGAGGGUUCACGCAAAUACGGCCACAAAUUCAUUUGUCAUGCUCCCGAAUUAUCCGAUUUAAUUAAGAAUUUUAUAAACAACUAUCGCAAUGAAAUUUUUUAAGGCUUAAGAAAUAAUUUCUCUUUAUAUAGAUACAUACAUACAUCCACCCAUAAAAUACAAACAUACAUACAUUUAUAAAUCUUAUACUUAGUAUAUAUUAAAUAUACUUACAUGUCUUUAGCUUUAAGUAAUGUUUUCAAUGGAAUUUUAGCUUUAAAGUAAAAUUUAUCUAAAUAUUAAAUGUUGAUUCCCUCCUUUUGGAAUUUUUGUUUAAUUUUUAUUUUUUUUUUGGCAUUCAAAUUAGUUUCUUCAUAAUUCACUGUUACAUAUUUUACUCUAUAUUAUUUCAUAAGUUAUUUUAUAUUAUAGUUGUGUAUUAAACAAAUAUACAAAUCAAUUUUCUUUAGAUUUGUUUAUUUUUCAAAUAUUUUGUAUGAUCUUUUCUAAGUCAUUAGUAUUAAUAACUUUUUAAACUAGCGUAUUUAGAUGUGCAUCAAAGGUAAUUAAUAAAAUAAACAAAAUAAACUCUAUUCAAAUACGAUGAGAGAGAGAAA